AUGGCGCUGGUAUACACUCUUCUCCGUGUCCUGCUCGGACUGGCGUUCGCACUCGCUGGAGCUGUCAAACUCACAGACUUGAUAUCGGAGGACAUCUACGCUCAGAUGCGUUCGCAGUUUGUGCAGUUCGCCUCCGUGUUCCCGCUGCGGGUGGUGGGUGUAGAGCUGGACCCUGUGCAGUACCUGACAGUGACAGGCUGGAUCGAGCUGGUUUCCGGGCUUCUGCUGGCCUUCGGACCCAGAAUCCUGCAGGAGAUCAGCAACCUUGUCCUCUCUGUCGUCAUGAUGGUGGCUAUAUUCACUCUGCUGAAGCUGCAGGAGCCUCUGUUCAUGUGCUGCCCUCCAGCUGUGUUCCUGGGGCUGCUACUUCUACUGGCCAUCCGGGAGCGUGGGGGUUAUCGCACCAAGAGCAAGACUCAGUGACCGCAUUUUUACAUCACACCCCACACACACACACACACACACACGUCCAAAGGUGAGAGGACAGGUGAACUAUGCUGUCAUAUUCCAUGAUAACAUGAACUGGCAAUGGACUGUUAGGACUUCCGAUUGGCUGGACAGAGCCCAGUCCGAUGUCAUUUUUUAAAAAUACAUAUCAUGUGGGAUUAAAUCUGUAUGGGAAAUGCGUCUUUUUCUUACAAAAGGGAUACAGUGUUUUGCAGUAUCAUGGGAUUCAGGGGUUUGAUAACUGAAUAUACUGUAGAUGCUUUUAGAAGCAGCAGAGAGCUCAACAGUCUACAUGGAGUUAUGUAAUGAGCAACACUGCUGGAAAAGGCCAUGAAAUAAGUAAUAGUUGUAAAUGUGAAAGAAUAACAUACAGUAUAAUGUUUUAAAUAUGCCUGCUUUGUUCUGUAAAAGGCCUAAUUCCAGUAAUACUCUCACCAUUUUUAUCAUCAGGGAUGGUCAUGAUGGACCAGGCUCAUCAUUGUCUCAGUUAACCUCAUGUGGAAUCUUUUUUCCUCAAACUGCAUUUACUGACAGUGCUCUUCUUAAACAC